AUGGCCGAUCCAUUCUCAAUCCUUGCAGGUACCGCUGGGCUUGCUGACGUUUGUGUGCGGCUCGCAAAAUUCCUCAAAGACGCCAACCAUGGAUUUCGAGUAGUCGACCAGGAACUGGAGGGCCUCUGCGAAGAGAUCAUCUCCCUCCGGUCUGUAAACGAUCUAGUUGAACGUACCUACAUGGAAGGAUCCGCGGCGAGGGUAUCACCCCACCAACAGCAGAUCAUAGUUGAGAGGAUCGAGGCGAUAUUUUUGGAGGUUAUAGGAGUUGGAGGUGGCAAGCACAUCAAACUUGACCAACUGCGGAGGUGGCUGAAGCAGCAAUCAAGGGAAGAGGCAUUGACCAAACUGCGUGAGAAGCUGAAAGCUCAUCAAAUUGCGCUACAACUCAGUCUUUCGGCGGUUAGCAUUAUUUACUCUCGCACAUCGCAGCAAGCGUCGCACGAGUCGUAUUCAGAUUUAUCCGCGUCUAUUAAGAACCUAGGCGCCGAUUUGGAUUCGAAGAUAAAUUCGUUAGAAAGAUUUGUCAACUUGUCCGCUGAAAGAACGCUUGCAUCCGCUGUCGAAUCCGCACAAAAAGUGGUGGCUUUGGCGUAUCUGAACAAACAUUUCUUCACACCACAAACUGUUAGCAGUAUCUAUACUGGGCGCGAGAACGAGCUUGAAGUUUUGAGACAAUUCCUCGUCACUCCCGUUUCUGCAAGUCCCCUUGAAGCGCAGAAGAGAUUCGUGAUCUUUGGUCUUGCUGGAUCUGGAAAAACGCAGCUAUGCUGCAAGUUCGCCUCAGAGAACAAGCAACGCUUUUGGGGGGUGUUUUGGAUCAAUGCUAGCUCCAAGGAGCACUCGGAACAAUCGUUCUCCUCUCUCUCAACAAUCGGAAAGGUUGCAUCCAGUCCAGCUGCGGUCAAAAGCUGGCUCUCAAGUCUUGGACCAGAGCAACCAUGGCUGCUCAUAAUCGACAAUGCGGACGACAAGAGUUUUCCCGUGGAAGAAUGUUUUCCAGACAGUCGAUUUGGCACAAUCCUCAUAACAAGUAGGAACCCCAUGCUCAAAACGCACGGCACCGUAGGACCUCGCUACUUAGAAUUUCAUGGACUAGAUGAGAAAAAGUCGAUCGAACUACUUCUCAACGCAUCAGCCGAGUCGGUACCGUGGAGCACGUCCUCCGUUAACUGUGCGAAUACUAUUGCUAGAGCUAUGGGGUGUUUACCUCUUGCCCUAAUACAUGCUGGAGCAACAAUUCUUUCGGGCGUUUGCUCCCUUGAGACUUACCUCGAUUUCUUCGAGAAAACGUGGGAUCGAAUCCGCCAAAGAAAGGAGCCCAAUGCUGCCUCUCAAAUUUCGGACACCAAUGCUGCAAUCUAUACUAGUUAUGAGCUCAUACACCACGGACUUUCGACCAGGAAGACUCCAGCUGGCGAAGAUGCUCUAGAUCUUCUGAGAAUAUUUUCCUUCCUCGAUCGUCAACAGAUCAAGCUAAACAUAUUCCUACGUGCAGCAUCUAAUCCAGAGAUCGAAUUGACUGAUGCAUUGCGCAGAGACGGUGAAAGAAAGGCACACGACAAAGUGAUCCCAAAGCGUACACCGGCGCAGACUUUGAGAAACCUUAUAAUGCGAAUUGUCAGUCUUCUUUCGCAGAUGGGGCAUCGCCCUGUCUUACCGAGGUUCCUUUCUGAAUCGCCCAAGCCAGGAGCAUUUUACGAACUGAGACUGAGGGAAGGACUCAAAGAGCUCUCUCAGAUGUCGCUGAUAAAUACCAGUUCCGGCCCACGAGAUUGUUAUUCAAUGCAUGCAGCAGUCCAUCUAUGGGCGAGACAGAGGCCGGAAAUGACAAUCGUUGAGCAAGCAGUGUGGUGUCAAAUGGCAGCGACUAUUAUUUCUCGUGCUAUCUUACUCCCGCCUUUGGGCGACACAGAAGAAGACGAAGCUUUCCGCAGAGAUCUGCUUCCACAUGUUCGCCAUGUCCAACAUGUCGAGCGAACAAUCCAAAUUGCUUUUGCAACAAAUAGGGAAUCUAGGCGAAAGUUGUUACCGGUAUUGAACCCCCCGAUGACCUCAGACCGAUUAUUACAACUUGUGAAAUUUAGUCUCGUCUAUGCACAAGGCCACCAGCUUGGAGAGGCAGAACGGCUGCAAACAUAUGUUGCAGAUUUCGCUAUCCGAUAUUUGGGCAAGGAAAACACUAAGACGAUAAAUAUCAUGCGCCUGUUGUCCUGGACCUACUGGCAACUUGCACGGGUGGAUGAAGCUGUUGAACUUCAGAAGCAGGCCCUAAAUGCAUGUAUCAAAGUUCUUGGCCGAGAACAUCCAGAGACACUACAAAUAAUGGAUUCAUACGGAUCAAGCCUGUGGCUACAAGGUAAUAUCCCCGAAUCUCGCGAAAUGCACACCGUUGCAGUCGAAGGGCUUACAAAAGCACUUGGCCACGAUCAUGUGCAGACGCUGAAGGCCAUGGGGGGCUUAGGCCGCGCAGUUGGCAAGGACUUCGAUUUCACCGAAGCGAUCGGCAUACAAUCACAAGCCUUUGCUGGCUUGAAGAAGAAGCUUGGUCAAUCACAUUCAGCCACACUUGAGGCCAUGGACAAUCUAGCUAUGGCCCACUUUGACCGAGCUGCGUAUCGCAGAGGCCAGCAAGGAGAUCUUGAUCGUGCGCUUGAACUGGAGGCAGAAGUCUUUAAAAUGCGCCUAGAUAGGUUCGGCAGAGAGCAUCAUCAUACUCUCUGGGCUGGUCUCAACCUGGCACGUAUCAAGGCUGUCAUCGGCGAAACUGACGAGGCAUUGUCCAUAUUUCUACCUGGCCAUGCUGUGAAAAAACGAUCAGGUCAUCCUGAUCGAUUACUCGCAAUGUUCUCCUUGAUAAAAUGCCGCAACGUCUUAGGCAAAGAGAACCAAACAGCCCUGCUGCUUGAAGAACUGAUCGAAGGUACGAAAGCAAUCUUUGGCCCGGAUCAUGCGGCGGUCAAAUAUAUUCUCGAUGGCCAAGUUCUAUCGAAGAAUACAAGUGAGCUUCUCAACCCGUCUACAAAGAAAACGAGUUCCGGCUUCGUUCUCGAAAGACUCAGCCUCAUGCAGGAUGAAAACCCCAUUUCUACUGCGAAGGUUGAGCCGAUGAGCAAUGUUGGGUUCCAUUCAGGGAACAUGCUAACCCAAAGGAAAACCUUCUGA